AUGGAAUACUUACCAAGUGAAAUAAUUUCAAAAAAAAGAUUAUAUAUUAUAUUAAUAGAUUCAAGUGCAUCAAGUGAAAAUCAAGAAGAGUUAAAUAAAAGUAAAGCUGCCGCUACUGAAUUUAUUAAAAAUAAACCAAAUGACUCUGACCAUAUUGUAAUCCAAUAUUUUGAUAAUCCUGUUGUUGUAUCUGAAUCAAAUAAAACCAAAGCAAUUGAAGAAAUCCAAAAAAUUGUUUUUUCUGGAAGUAACUCAAAUUUAAACUCUGCAUUACUUUUUGUUCAACAAAAAAUAGACUCUAUUUUUAAUAAAGAAAUUUCAAUUGUUUUGUUUUCAAAUGGACCAUGCACCGAUGCCCCCCAAACAACCAUAACAAGUAUCAUGAAUAGGGGUAUCAAUUUUUGUUGUAUUACAACCAAAAAUGAAGCUUUGGUUACAUUAGCACCAUUAUCUACAAAUAUCAGUUUCCAUGUAUAUGAAAACUCAUCCAAAUUAACCGAAUAUAUAAAAGAAAUUACAAAAAACAAGAUUGAAAUACCUGUUUUACAUAAAAUUUCAGUAGCCAAUCAAACAAUUCAAACUUCCAAAGAUGAUUUUUCAAUUACUUUUGAAAUUUUCACUAACUCUAAUGAACAUGCUUUCAAAGAAAAUGAAAUCGAAAUUGAAAUUUUAACAAAUGACUACUAUUACGGCCAAAAAGUUAUUGUUCCAAACAAAGUUGAUUGCAAUACUCCAUAUAUCGCACAUCUUGUUUUAAGGGUUGCAAAUAACUCAUCAAAAUACGAUUUACCUUCAAAAAUCUAUUUCAAAAUCAAGGUUAAAGAACAAGUUUUCGAUGGUUUCUUUGAAACUUUAAAACCAAUCAGCAUUUGGACUAUAGAACCUAUGGCAAAUGAAAAAGAAAAUAUUUUCUUUGUUCACCCAUAUAUCAAUAAUGAAACAAAGAGAAACAUUCAAAAAGAUAUAGAAGCAUUCAAACUUUUAACCUGUGCUGUAGAUGUUGGCAUUCAAACACAAUUCCAAAAAGAAAUGGAUUCAAACUGA